AUGUUGAAGAUUUAUUCAACAGCAUGCUUCCAAGUUGACAACGAAUGUAAAAAACUUCAACCACAUGGUCUUCAAAGUAUCAUUGCUCAGAGCCGAGACUAUGAGAAACUUAAAACUGUUUGGGAAGGAUGGAGAAAUGUUUCUGGUAAAAGGAUGAGACAGGAUUUUGCCAAAUGGGUGAAAUUAUCCAACGAAGCCAUAAAAGAUGGGAAACAAUACAAAAAUCUUGGUGAAUCCUGGAGAUCUGCCUAUGGUCCUGGAUUUGUUAAGAAAAUUGAAAAGCUAUUCCAUAAAAUCGAAGAGCUGUAUCGUUUAUUCCACGCUUAUGUUCGAAAUACAUUAAUUAAGAAAUAUGGUGCCAAAUAUUUCAAAGAUAAUUUGAUUCCAGCGCAUAUUUUAGGUAAUAUGUGGGCUCAAGAUUGGGCAAACAUAAAUGAGCUACUCUUGCCGUAUAAAGAACGACUGGAUGUGACCGGCGAAAUGGUUAAACAGGGUUAUAAUAUUAGCAAGAUGUUUCAUCAGGCUGAACAUUUCUUCACUUCGAUUGGCCUGAAAAAUAUGACCGAAAAAUUCUGGAAUCAAUCAGUGUUUGAGAAAAUUUCUAAAAGAGACAUGGUGUGUCACGCGUCUGCCUGGGAUCUCAUGGCAACGAAUGACUUCAGGAUCAAAAUGUGCACUGAAAUCACAAUGGAAGAUUUUGUCACAAUCCACCAUGAAAUGGGUCACAUACAAUAUUAUCAACAAUACGAAAAGCAACCUGUUUAUUUCCGAAAUGGCGCAAACCCUGGAUUUCAUGAAGCCGUUGGUGACACUCUUGCUUUGUCAGUUUCAACCCCACAACAUCUUGAAAAAUUGAGUUUAGUAAAAAAUUACACUAACUCAUAUGAAGCUGAAAUUAAUUAUCUAAUGCUAAUGGCUUUGGACAAACUUGUAUUCGUUCCUUUUGCGUACGUCAUGGACAAAUUCCGUUGGAAUGUGUUUAGUGGUGAAAUUUCGGAAGAUGAAUAUACAGCCAAAUGGUGGGAAUACAAAUGCAAGUAUCAGGGUAUUCGAGCCCCCGUAAAAAGAACAGAAGAUGAUUUCGACCCAGGAGCUAAAAUGCACAUUGCUGGUGCAGUACCUUACAUUCGUUAUUUCGUCAGCUAUAUCAUCCAGUUUCAAUUCCAUAAAGCCCUCUGCGAUAAAAUUGGCUUUAAGGGACCCUUGCACAAAUGUGACAUUUAUGAAAAGGAAGAAGCUGGAAAGGCAUUUGCAGACAUGCUACAGUUGGGAUCUUCUGUUUCCUGGGAAGAUGCUUUGGAGAAAAUAACUGGCAAGAAAAAAAUGGAUGCUUCGGCGAUGCUUGAUUAUUUUGAGCCGCUUAAAAAGUGGCUGAAAAACCAUACGGACGAGUCGACAAUCGGCUGGUCAUGUAAAAACGUGAUCAAAACUUCGUCAUCAUCUACGUCUAAAAAAGAGCCUUUUAAAACAUUUAUUUUAUUAAGUGUUUUUUAUGUAUCAAUUUGGAUCAAUUUUUAA